AAAUAGCCAGCAUUAUUAUGAUUGCAUUAUUAUUAUGUCUGUUUCUAUGCUGAACGGUUUCUGCGAAACUGUAGGCGCGCCACAACUCGACCGGCGUCGCGCGCGAAUUUUCCUUAGUUUUGACGCGGGGAACGCAGUAGCAGUAGUAGGGAUUCUGUAUUGUAGUCAGUUGCUGUUAUCGUAUUUACUGCGUGUACACGAAGUUUUGGCAACCUACACACAAAGAAGCGCGUUGCCAUGAUCACCCACGGUUAUGUCCGGUAUGAGGACGACAAAAAAUAUGCCGUUGUGAAUGUCGAAGACAUCGAGGAUUUCCAGCCGCUGCAUAUACAGGACUUCUCUCCAUCGGCGUUCUAUUCCGUGAAGUGGACCGACACGGACGGCAGCUGUGACUACUACCGAGCGCGUAUAUUGAUGUUAGGAGGUGAGUGGCAUUUCGUUUGCUUGAAUCCGACAUACCGAGCGUUCUCGGCGCGGCCCACCGCCACAUGCGCCAUAUUCGUGGCAUGCUCAAGUAUCGUUUAUCGUUUACAAUAACGCUGUCUACACUGUGUUGCACCAACGCGAGCUCCGACUUCAGCCGAGAUUAACGGUUUCUAAACUCACGAUUAAUCGUCAACGAUGUGCUACUAACGGUUCAGUUUGACUAGUGUAAUGGCAAGGCUCGAAAUCCAGCGUUUCUGAACAGGUCUGAGUGUUUCAAACCAAGUUCUGUGGACUCUAAACUCUGUUCAAGUCUGAAGUCUCGUUGCUGCAACCGGGCGUAAGUGGGUUGUCGCGUGUUUGACAUCUCCCACCUUUGUGUGGGGCGAUUUAUCACAAGUGCAACGUUGCGUUCUGCAGGUUAUAUUUCAGUCUGUAAUCGUUUCCGGAAUGCUUUACAGAGUCAGCAGAAGACGUGGCCGCUAAAGUGAGUCGGAAGAGAGUCAGCGUCCGCCGCAUCGUAGACACAAGCGAAAGUGAAGAAGACACAAAACAAGAGCCACCUGCCCGCCCGAGUAAAGAUGGGCACAGAAAGAAGGACCUGCUGCACAUAUUAGAAAAGCGGAAGCAGCAGAUCAAUGAAGUACCUCAUGAACUGUCGAAGCGCAGCAAAAAAAAGCAGCCGAAGCUGCUAGCUGGGGAGGACGACAGAACUUCAUGCUCAGAAAGGGCCAUAAGAGAGGAAAGCAUCAUACGCGACCUUGAGAUCAGGCUUCAGGAAAAGAACAAUGAAAUUUGGAACCUCCGUAGGAUCAACAUAGCUCUGCAAGAGAAGAUCCUGCGCAGGCUUGAUGACCAGGACGCCCUUCAUGCUGUCAAGAAACUGGAACUUGACAACAUUGAAGCUUCCAGCACUAGAGCUUCUGCCAUCCAGAGAGGCCACUCCUGAGCCACCACCGCCAAGUGCAGCCAGCAGCAAAAUGAUUAACAUUGGCCAAGGUCUCGAGCUUCAGAAGGAGGUGUGGGAGCGUGUCCAGUGCCAACAGAAGGACUCCAUUUUUGUGAAGGAGCUUCUCAUGAGCAUCUGGCCAAAAGAAGACUUGCAGGAAUAGGUCUUUGCUGGAUACUGUACUGCUAUCGAGGAACCUGUACAACUGGGAAGACAGCGACACGUGCUUCAGCGCAAGAGAGCCAUCAAGCUACAACGUCAUCAACAGAGGUGACACCUGGCGGACGUUAUGACUUCAUAAGCGCCCUACGAUCGUCUCCGCUCUGCAGUCCUCUGGAGCUAUCUGAUAUGCCGGUUGCUAACUUGCAUCUUGUUAUCUAGGCAAGCAGUGCCCUCGGUUUCCAGACAGGGCUCCAAAAACUCCGCUGACGCCUUGAAAAGUCAGCGUGAUGAGAGAAUGCUACAAAACACGCCUUCAACGUAAUGGUGUUCCCCAGUGCCUCCUACAGUCUGCCCUGAAAGGCCUGAAUCGCUUUAUUGUGGAAAAACUCGCAGACCUUGAGAAGACAGCAAAGCGGUAUGGGCCAUUGUUUCUGUGUAACAACCUGCCACUAUUUAUAGUAUGGUAUCAUACACUCCUGCGUGCCAAUGAUCAAACAUGCACUGCGAGACCAGCAUACAAAUAUCGUGCACAGAUAUGCAAUGUGUGUUGUACGUGUACAGUUGGAAACGAACCCACACAUUGGUGUAAGCUGAGCUUUAUUCAUGAUUGAUUUCCUGGCAACUAGUCUUUUACAGUCAGUAAAGUCCACUGGCAGCAUGUUGUGGCAUGCAAAAUGCUGCAUUAUGAAAAGAAAAUCAUGAUUACAUGGAAAUGGGAAUUACAGAAACACUUUACAUUUGCGCGUCCUACAUGCAUUCUGGACAGAAGAUGAAAUUUAGAUUUACAUGCCUCAAAGUGUUCUAUGUACAGCUUCGUCCAACCUUAACUUGAACACGGUGCUGGCUUGGGAAGCAAGACGGACGACACCCUAGCGGCUGAAACUGGAAUUGGAGGAGAGCGAUCAGGGUUGUCGUACUCACGUCACAGGGGUGGCCGUCCCACCGCUUUCAACGGGCACUGGCUGUUAGGUGGAUAUUUGUUACCUACACAUCGUUCCAGCCUAUUCUGGAGAUUACUGUGGGCGAUUUAAAUCUUGGCCACCUGAUCAGUGAUUGUCCACAUUAGCAAUCACUUUAACAAACAUGUCACACAUUGAUUGGAAUGAAAGAAAUGGAAUAAUAAUACACGUGACUGCAUGGCACUGGGAAAGACUGUUGCUUAAAGGGAGUGUCUGGACCUCAGGGCGGAUGCAAACGGGCGAUCCCGUACGGUUCCUUAUGCCAUACCCACCACUCAUGCAAAAUAUCUCGCCUCUGCGAGGCAUAUGUAAUUUACAACCGAUUUUUAAAGAUUGAAUUUUCACCCCCGACUAAAGGCCGCACCCGCGCUAGCCUUACUGCUGAUGACGUCAGAGGCUGGGUCCUUCCGGCGUCUGCUCGUCUGCUGCCCGGAGAGUUGCGUUCGCUGUGAGCAAUCGUUCUCGUGCUUUGUCGGUUUCGAUACGCAGCGCAUUUCAACUCUCUGGAAGUGUCAAUUGUUCAGUAGCCUCGAAAGGCACAUUUUCUGCAAUGGUGGGGAGCAAAUGUUGCUUCAUCCAUUGCGAGAACAAGUGGCGAAAUACGACAGGUGUGUCAUUUCUCGGGUUUCCGAAGGAGGAGUGCCUCAGGCAGUUGUGGAUCUCGAAAGUACGCCGCCCCGGGUGGACGCUUUAUAAGAAUAGUAAACUGUGUUCGGACCAUUUCACUGAGGACUGCUUUGAGCUCGGCAGCAGACUUAAACAAGAGUUCGGUCUAUCGCGUCCCGGAAAGCGGCCGGCCCUUACACUGAAGUGUGAUGCCAUACCCACGAUUUUCAACGACCGUGAGGGAGCUAUGACCACUGAAGCAAGUUUGUCACCUCAGGAAGGCUGUGAGGAACGAAGAAAUCGCGCUGCCGACAGUUCCGAGGAGGCCAUGCCACUCGCAGAAGCACCUCCUGAGGUACCCAGUACUUCCCCUGCCCGUGAGGCUGUGCCAUCAGUGGCACAUCUGCCAGUGGACCUUGUACAGUCAGUGUACAUGGAAUCUCCAGGAGCACUACUGCCAUCUGCACUGAUUUCUUCCCAGCAGUCCGACAGAGGUGUGACAACUGUGCAACCUCUGGCUCCAGACUCCAUGAGAACAGGUGCGAGACCAUCAGUAUGUGAUGCUGCAACACAGACAGACAUCUCCAUCACAGGAGACACAGCUCGAAUAGUGAUCGUGGAAGUGCCUAAAGUGCCACCCACUGGAGCUAGUGCUGAAGCUCGUAUGUCAGCCACAAGCGUGGAUGAACCUAGCAAUGUGUCCCAGCUCCCUGAGGACGGCUUUGCAGUCGCCGGCCCCUCUGGUUACCAGCCCACCAGAUCAUCAACUCCCCUUGUGGAUGAAGGUUCACCAGACUCUGUUCAAAACUUUUUCGCAUCAGGGGGACAAGACCUGGCUGACACCAGUCUGGAUGAGCCACACAGCGUAUCUUGGAAACGUUCCUUCCUGCUACCCACAGUCGUCUUCCACCCCACACGUGUGUAAAGUAAUCAGGAUCUGUCCAUGGACCCGAAAACAAAGGCCUUGCUUCCAGCUAACAGUGAUACAAGUACUGCGAUUUGCCAUAUGCGAUAUGUCAUUGUGCAAAGAGGGGAAGUGCUCACGAUGUCUGGUAACUUGCCAGCAUGUUUGCAACUCUAGUCAGUGUUUACCCAGUAUGUUAAUAGAAAUAAAUCUUGUACCAACAUCCAUGGA